UUCUUUCUUUUAUUUCGUUUGAUUUCAUCUUCUACUUUUGAUCUUGUGGGCAAGCUCCCAUACAUACUCUCUUUUCUAUUGAAUCACAGUCGAUUACAAGGGUUCCCUGAUUACCCCAAGAUCCAACAACCCGUUCGAAAGUCGACUGCUUCUACCGGUUCAAAUCUCACCGACGAGCGAUCGAUUCGGUCCUCGUCCAUCAUGGUGCAUGCACACGGACACCAUGACCAUGGCGCCAACCUGGAGCGCCGAAGCCCAGACGACCACCCCAAAUUGGACGUCAUCUAUGUGACGGCCCCCGUGGACUUCGACGGCCCCGUCGGCGGUUAUAUGACCAUGGGCGACGACGAUUCGGACUCUAAGCCCACGGCACCCAACAUGGGCGUCGGUGAGCCGGUUCGACAGACGGCAACCGCUUCCAAAGAAGAAGAACCGGAGCCCACACACGAGUCAAAGCCCGACCCACCCAUCGUUCACACCACCAAGCACGAGAAGACCACGGUCGAGGAGAAGCCAACUCACACCACCGAAGCGAAGCCGACGGAGACCGAACACCACACCAAGCCCACUGAACAUACCACUCACGAGACCACCGAGUCGGAGAAGACGGCCGACCACACGACCUUCUCGACCGCCACGUCCACUUCGUCGUCGACCAACACCGCACUGGACGGGGCGUCGACAACCGCCAAUCAAUCAGCCGCGGCGCCCUCGAUCUCUGCAGAGCCGGCCCCGGAAGGGAUGAGCGGCGGGGCAAAGGCGGGAAUCGCAAUUGGUGUCAUCUUGGGCGUGGGGCUCCUUGCUGCCCUGAUCUUCUUCUUCGUUCGCAAGAGGAAGCAGAGCCGAGACCUGUCCGAAGUGGCAGAGAACGAAAAGGCCUAUGUCCCUCCGCCUCCUCCCAAGGCGGCUCCGAUGGCGUUUAUGAACACUGCACCGCAGCUCAACAUGCGCCCCAUCACUCAGUUCGCUCCUGAUCUGACGCCGCGUACCAGUGGCGUUGCCGGUCUCUCCGCUGCCGCCGCCGGGGCCGGCGCUGGAGCUGGAGCCGGAGCGACUCUGGCCGCGGGCGGGGCUUCGCGCAAUCUUACCGGACAUCCCUCGCCUCCCCAGACCCCGCAAAGCAGUGAUCCUUUCAGUGACCCGGUCAACCCGUUCGGCAAUCAGGCGGAGAGUACCUCCCCUGUCAAUGGGGCGCCACCGACUGGCCCACCAGCCGCCACCGCGAUGUCCGCGGCCCCCGCUCCCGAUGUGCCUGUUGGGCCGUCUCCUACGUCGGCCUAUGACCCGUCGGCUGCUGGGGCAGCGGCGGCCGGAGUGGUCGCGGGCGCUGCUGUCGCCGCUGCCGCCACCAAAGCGGGCGAGAAGGAUCUGCCCAGUCGCCCCGCCAGUUCGGCAUCGCAGAACCCGUCGCCAGCUGGCGCCGCAGACCCAGGUGCCCCACCAGCGGCUGCGGUGGCCGCGGUCCCGGCGUUUGGACCGUCGGGGGCUCUCCCUCCAGGUCCCGAGCCCGGGCCCAGCAAUGUGCACCGCAUCCAGAUGGAUUUCGCGCCAUCCAUGGAGGACGAGUUGGAGCUCCAGGCCGGUCAGCUCGUCCGAUUGCUGCAUGAGUACGAUGACGGAUGGGCUCUUUGCAUCCGGUUAGAUCGUUCGCAGCAAGGUGUGGCUCCCCGCUCCUGCCUGUCUGCUCGCCCUGUGCAACCCCGUGCGCGUCCCCCUCCCCCUCCGGGUUCUGGUCCGAUCCCCUACGGUCCUCCCAUGAUGGGACCCAAUGGCCGCAUGCCCCCGCCGGGUCGCUUCUACCCUCAGGAUCCUCGCCCGCAAUCCCCGGGAGGCCGUCCGAUGUCCCCAGGUCCUCGCUCUAUGUCCCCGGGUCCUCGCGCCAUGUCCCCAGCUCGUCCCCCCAAUGGUGGCCCUCCGCCCCGUCCCUACCCCCAAGGACCCAUGUCGCCGGCGGCCCGGUUUCCGCCCGUGCCCCGCGCACAGUCCCCCGGCCCCGGUGGGCGACCCAUGCCGCCUAGAUCCAUGAGCCCCGGACCGUACGGAGCCCCGGGCAUGCAGCGACCGGACAUGGCCGCUGCUCAGAGAAAGCGCAGCAACAGCACCGGAGGCGCUGCCGGACCAGUCCCCCGCAUGGGUUCCCCACCGGGCCCCAGUCCCUUGGCGCCGCCGGCCACGCCUCCGCCGUCGAGCGCACUCCCCGCCGUUCCGGCUCCUGACGCCGCGAAGACGACACCCGACAACAACGCUUAAGGACCCAUACCCCAUGACUGUUCCAUUCUAGCCAGACGGCAACCCACCCAUCGAUCUGGGUGAUCACCCGUCUAAUCGCCGCUGGACGGGAGACAUGUCUACUAUGAUGUUUACUGCGUCUGCGACGAACGACCCAUAUCGCCCAAUGCGAAUACCAAAUACCAAAUCUGCAAUUUUCCUUCUUCUUCUUACACUUAUUAUGCUUCUUCCUCUUCUUUCCAUGUUUCCCCUUCUGUUG